AAUUCCACUGUCCGCCUCGGCUGCAGCUGCGCUUCCCCAGCUCCACCGCGCCUGCCUGUACCUUGACAUCUUCCUCCCGGACGCAGACCCCUGAGGGUAUCCUGACGACCUCCUAGCUAUUAUGGCGUCACAUCCUCCUCUUCAGUCGCUGCCCCUGAGCGACUCCCGCUCCACUCCACUCUCUUCUUUGCCCUCUGCUACCGAUAUCACUCGAUGGCACCUCUCCACCCCGGGCCUCGAUGACCCCGCUGUAGGCCGCCAUCUCUGGACCUACGAUCGCGCAAACGACGGUCCUCACAUCAAUGGCAACGGCAGCGCUUCCUCGUCCCGCCAGACCCUGGAGGACAAGUUCUGGCUCGGUCUGGCCACCGACCAGCCGAAAUUGCCACGAGCUACAACUCCAUCCGAGGCAGCAGAAAACGGCUUUGCCUACUAUUCCCGCGUAGCUCAGUCUCCCGAUGGCCACUUUGCAGGAGAAUAUGGAGGACCCCUCUUUCUCCUGCCCGGCUUCGUCAUUGGGUGCUAUGUCACACAUACUCCUUUCCCAGAUGAGUGGAGGAUAGAGAUCACCCGCUACCUCGAGGGCAUUCAGAACGAGGAUGGUGGGUGGGGACUACACAUCGCAGGACCGAGUACAGUCUUCGGCACGAGCUGCAACUACGUCGUCCUGCGGCUGCUGGGUAACUCGCCUGACCUGCCUUGGAUGACCAGAGCUCGAAACUUGUUACAUUCGCUAGGCGGAGCUACCGGCGUGCCUUCGUGGGGCAAGCUAUGGCUCGCACUUCUAGGGGUGUACGAUUACGAGGGCAUGAACCCCAUUCCCCCUGAGCUGUGGCUGCUGCCUGACUGGGUACCGAUACAUCCUUGGAGAUGGUGGAUCCAUACUAGAAUGGUGUAUAUACCCAUGGGGUGGCUGUGGGGCAAGCAGUACGUCUAUGAUGACGCAGAGCGGGACCCAGUUGUUAAGAGCCUGAAGCAGGAACUAUAUACACAAAGCUAUUCGUCCAUACAUUGGCCAUCGCAACGAAACAACAUCGCCCAAGUAGACAUCUUUGCGCCUCACACCAAGACGCUGGAUACCCUCAUGUCCCUCAUGGGCGUCUAUGCCAAAGCCGUCCCUGGCCUUGUUCGGAAUGCCGGCCUGAACCGAGCCUAUACCCUACUUUGCAAAGAAGACGAGAAUACCGGAUAUCAGUGUCUGGGCCCCGUUAACAAGAUGCUCAAUUACGUUGUGCGGUGGGCAGUAGAAGGCCCAGACUCGCACGCAAUGAAGCAACAUCGUGAGAAGCUCAAGGACUUCCUUUGGAUGAGCGCAGAGGGGCUACAGAUGUGUGGUACCAAUGGCUCUCAGCUAUGGGAUGCCGCUUUUAUCGCACAGGCCGUCUCUUCCUCGUCACGCCUGGUGCGCAACCCAGAGAUCAAGCCUAGCGUCCAAGCGCUCCUCCGCUGGCUCGACGAGACGCAGAUCAAGGAGAACCCACAGCACUACCGAAGCUGCUACCGUUUCUCUACAAAAGGAGCCUGGCCCUUUUCGACCAAAGAGCAGGGCUACACAGUCAGCGACUGUACAGCCGAGGGUUUGAAAGCGGUCAUCGACCUGCAGUCUUCCAAGCUCGGCCUGCAACCACUCAUAGACACACCCCGCCUACGUCAAUCAGUGGAUCUCCUCCUCACAAUGCAAAACCCCAGCGGCGGCUUCGCAAGCUACGAGACCAUCAACGGUCCAGCCAUCCUCGAGUGGAUCAAUCCUGCCGAAGUGUUCGGGAACAUCAUGAUCGAGUAUGACUACCCAGAAUGCACCACCAGCGUCGUAGGUGCCUUGUGCAAGUUCCGCUCCGAAGUCGACCCUAAGUACCGUCGCGCCGAGAUCGACGCGACGGUGGAACGGGCGGUGAAGUAUAUCCUGGCAUCGCAGCGAGCAGACGGAAGUUGGUUUGGCUCCUGGGCAGUAUGCUUCACCUACGCGACGAUGUUCGCUCUCGAGUCCCUCUCUCUCGCAGGACAUACCUACACUUCCUCUGCACCCAUGAGGAAAGCCUGCCAAUUCCUCCUCGAUCGCCAAUCCCCAAUGGAUGGUGGGUGGGGUGAAUCAUUUGAGAGUUGUGUAAAGGGAGAGUGGGUCCCGUUGGAUGGAGGCAGGAGUAAUGUAGUCCAGACCGCUUGGGCACUCAUUGCCCUCUUGCAUGCUCGCUACCCUGAGGAAGAACCAAUAAGACGAGCAGUGGAGCUUCUCAUGCAGAGGCAAAAGGAGGAUGGAAGUUGGGAGGAUGAUGGACCUCCUCCUCCUCCUCCUCCUCCUGAAGAUGCGCAAGCUGAUAGUAAGAGCAAGUCCAAGACGAAGACGAAGACGAAGACGAAGACGAAAAAGGACUGCCUUGGCGUCUUUAAUCGGAAUUGCGGAAUCGUCUAUCCGAAUUACCGCUUCUCAUUUACAAUUUGGGCGCUUGGGAUUGAGGAGCGCCUCAGGAUGGAGAACCAGAGGAGGAAUUGGACGAAGUGAGCUUGUGGGAAGAAGUCAGGAAGGUGAAUCAGGAAUGCGGCGGGCGAGGCAAAAGAAUGAACAUUAUCUACGUCUACGAUGAUCAUGCUACUGCUA